UAUUUCUGAAAUGUAACAUAAUGCAGCAAAAAAUGAAGCUCUAUGAAGAGUACAGAAUGGAGGGACUGACAUAUUCUCAUAAGUGCAGCGGUCCGAAUCGUGUUGAAAGUCACGCACAUCCUGCAAAGUGUUUUACUAGGAUGUCUGGUGCAAAGAUCCUGCUAUUCCUUCAGAGCCUGUCACGCAGGAAACCUCUGGAGCCCGAAGGAGAGGUGUCCAACUUCCGCCGCUGCCUGACAACCCUUGACCUUGUGGCUUUGGGGGUGGGCAGCACAUUAGGCGCAGGCGUGUAUGUGCUUUCCGGAGAGGUGGCCAGAACCGUGGCUGGGCCCAGUAUCAUCAUCUCCUUCUUGAUAGCAGCCAUAGCCUCAGUCUUUGCAGGCUUGUGCUAUGCUGAAUUUGGAGCUCGGGUUCCCAAGACUGGUUCUGCCUACCUCUACAGCUACGUAACAGUGGGGGAGAUUUGGGCUUUUAUCACUGGCUGGAACCUUCUCCUGUCUUAUGUCAUAGGGACGUCGAGUGUGGCCAGUGCGUGGAGUGGAACCUUUGAUGACCUCAUUGGAAAUGUCAUUGCCAAUUCAUUGGGAAAACGAGCUGCCAUGGACCUGCCAGGAUUAGCUCCCUACCCAGACUUCUUUGCAGCUGGCCUUAUCAUGCUCUUGGCAGGUAUUCUUGCAUUUGGUGUUAAAGAGUCUGCCAUCGUGAACAAAGUUUUUACAGCAGUUAAUAUCGUAGUGUUGCUCUUUAUUAUCCUCUCUGGCUUCAUAAAGGGAGAUCUCAACAACUGGUACAUUGAUGAAGAAACUCUCCAAAAUUCACAUGAAAACACAUCAUCACUGAAUGAAACCAUAAUUUUUGGAUCUGGUGGAUUUUUCCCUUUUGGCUUUGAUGGAACAUUAGCAGGAGCAGCUACUUGCUUUUACGCAUUUGUCGGCUUUGACUGCAUUGCCACAGCAGGAGAGGAGGUUCAGAAUCCCCAGAAGUCAAUCCCACUCGGGAUUGUGUUGUCCCUCCUCAUUUGCUUCCUGGCUUAUUUUGGCGUAUCCGCUGCCCUGACUCUAAUGAUGCCAUUCUAUUUGCUCAGUCUUCACAGCCCACUGCCUGUGGCAUUUACAUAUGUGGGCUGGGACCCUGCAAAGUAUGCUGUGGCAGUGGGAUCCCUCUGUGCACUGUCAACAAGCCUCUUGGGAUCAAUGUUCCCUAUGCCCCGAGUAAUCUUUGCUAUGGCUAGGGAUGGCCUUCUCUUUAGCCUCCUGAGCAAAAUGAGCGAGAGACAAAGUCCUGUCAUUGCUACUCUGGCUUCAGGCGUUGUCGCAGCCAUCAUGGCGUUAUUGUUUGACCUGAAGGCGCUGGUUGACAUGAUGUCCAUUGGAACCCUGUUUGCCUAUACCCUUGUUGCCAUGUGUAUUCUCAUAUUAAGAUACCAAGCGGACGUCGAUGCUGAUAACGAAGUCGAACCAUUUACAGUCAGAGGACUAUUUUUUCCUCAUUCACAAUGCACAGCACGGACAUCAAAGAAUGUGUCCGUUUUGACAGUUUGUAUCAUAUUUUUAGCAACCAUCCUGAGUCUCUUCAUAUCCCAAGCUGCGAUCUCGCUUCAGUCUUUGGAGUGGUGGCGUGUGCUCUAUGUUGUUUUAGUGACAUCAAUUCUGAUCCUCACCAUCCUCAUUAUCUGGAGACAACCGCAGAGCACAACGAGAGCUGCUUUUAUGGUUCCUUUUGUGCCAGUUCUUCCGAUCUUGAGCACCUGGAUCAAUAUUUACUUAAUGAUUCAACUAGGAUCGGACACAUGGAUACGUUACGCCGUGUGGAUGGCUAUAGGUUUAAUCAUCUACUUUGCUUAUGGGGUUCAACACAGCGUACAGAAGCAAAGGCUCCAAAAUUUACACAACCAAGUCAGUAUUGGCAGAAUCACCUCCAACUUGGAUGAUAACAUCCCUCCUGCACAAGAUGUCAGCUAGAUUCUGUUGGUUUACUGAUUCAAACAACAGAUGAUCAAUAAAUCAUGGCCAGUAUUAUUAAAAAUAUAUUGUAAAAAGUGUUAAUUCUACCUGACAAACUGAUUGAAUUUGUUUAAACAUUUGUCCUGCGAAAUAUAUAUUUUUUUGUAAU